UGCUCAUCAUGCCUGACGCACCCUCCGUCAAAGCGCCCAAGAAAGGCUCAAAGAAAGCCGUUUCCAAGACCGCCAGCAAGACCGGCAAGAAGAGGAGAAAGUCCAGGAAGGAGAGCUACGCCAUCUACGUGUACAAGGUGAUGAAGCAGGUCCACCCCGACACCGGCAUCUCCUCCAAGGCUAUGGGCAUCAUGAACUGCUUUGUGAGCGACAUCUUUGAGCGCAUCGCCGGUGAGGCCUCUCGUCUGGCUCACUACAACAAGCGCUCCACCAUCACCUCCAGGGAGAUUCAGACCGCUGUCCGCCUGCUGCUGCCCGGAGAGCUGGCUAAACACGCUGUCUCUGAGGGCACCAAGGCUGUGACCAAGUACACCAGCUCCAAGUAAACUCUGCUGCUGAUAUACCAACAACACAAAGGCUCUUUUAAGAGCCACCCACUUCAUCUGAAGCCCUAUUCCAAACAUUGCAUCUAUAUGGAAUCAUAUUCCUGCCCCUAUGAUUAAACACACUUCACUUUGUUUGAAGACUGUUUUACAAAAGGCUUUGGUGAAUGACUUGAUUCAACCCCUUUAUACUAGCUCAGCAUUGUAGUAGUCCUUAUGUAUGUUUAUCAUAUAAUUUUUUUUAUAUAUUGCCUUUGUUCUCAUUUUGUAGUGGUGGCCAUGAAAGCAAAUGUAUUUAUUCAAUGUGUGAUGACACUUAAAAGUAGUAAAGCAAUUGUCUAGUUCUAAUCUCCCCAUGUCAAGCAAUGCAAUCUGACACAAUUUAUGCUUCUGUGUUAAGUGUGGAUUAAUUCAUUGGAGUUAUCAUUUUUUCCCCCUGUAUCUGAAUUGUACAGUGUUAGGCUUUUCUCUGACUGUCUUCAUUUCCAACAUCUAAAGACUGUAAUUAGAAAAUGUAAUUUCUCUAAGCUAAAUGGAAGAAUCGGAGGAUGAAACCCUCUAUUAGCAGCAGAGCACACAGUGAACUGUCUUCUGCAUUUAACCCAGCCUGUUAUAGGAGCAAUGGGCAGCUAUUGUCCAGUGCCCGGGUAGUAUAGUGCAGCGCCCAAUAGUAGUUCUAAAGAAUUUACUUUUAGUCUGUAAAUAAAUGUCAAAAAUGUAUCUGAGGUAAUAUGUGGGAUAUUUUUGUAUGGGACAUGUUAUAUAAUUCAUUAAUCAAGACAUUGAGAAAUAAUGGUUUAAACCAAGGAAUAUAAAUUAUGAAAGAUGGAGACAGACAAGGGAUAGCAUGAUUAGGACAUUAUUAAAAAUAUCAAAAUAACUUGUUAGGGAUUGGAGAAAGUAAAGAUCAAGAAAAAGAGAGUGUAUGGUCAAUACAUUAUUAAAAUUGACCUAGGUCAAAAUGUCAAAACAACUUGUAUAUUGGAGACAGUUAAGAUCAAAAGAGAGUGUCCUGGUACCUGACAUAAUUCCAUACUGCACUAAUCCGAUUGUUACUGGGUUGAAAGAGAGGCAGACUACACACACUCACACACAUUCAGACAGACAUACAUGAAAGCAAAACAUCUGAUAAAUGUCUAUAAAUAUGAACUUGAAUAUUGUGAAAACAGUCGAGUCCAAUGGACCUGACUAGUGUGUGCUGUACUUUGUUGAAUUUUCAGUAAACUCUAUUCUAUUGGAA